AUGUCGUCGAAGAGAAAGGCACCUACUCGAAACCUCCCGGCUCAAAAUGUAGCCAAGAAGCCGAGGGAAGAAGAGGAAUCUGACGAUGAACCUGCCUGGCGGAAGAUCAAGGUUGAAGAUCUCGAUUUCGAUGUAUCCUACGUCGGCAAAAUUGAGUCGUCGAAGACGCCGAAGGUACCAAAGAGGAAGAGGUGGACUCAUGACGGCGACGAGCCUCUAAUCAAGCCGGAGGACCUGCCCAAAGGGUGGACCAGUGAAGAGCGUGAUCUUGAUCCUCACGAUGUUGAUGCUCAAAUCGCCCGGUGCAAGGAGCGAAUCGAGGAUAAUAUUUGGCCAUUUAUUUUCAAAAACAGGCUGAAGAGGCUGGAGAAACAAAAGGAAGUUAGGGACGCGUUGAUUGCUAAGGAACCAGGACUCUUCCAGGUUAUCAGACGUAUUGCCCAGCUAGAGGACAUCGCAAAAUCGCUUGAAAAGGACGGCGAUCGACACAAGGUGCUCCCAAACGUGAUGGCUAUCCGGGAUGCAUACCGAACAAGGCAACUGGAUAUCCACGAAGGCCUCGUGACAAUGACGAGUUCCUCGCUGUCAGUCAACAUUUCACCAAACAGAGCAGAGGGAAGGGAUUCUGGGAAGAAGAUAUACGCCCUCAAAGUUGAUAGCACUGAUAUUGAUAUGAUGUCGCUAGCUAUCCGAUACCCUGGGGCCCUGGUUCACGACAUCAUUGACUUCAUCGACGAUACCGGGUCGGAAAUUUUGACUAUGUUUGACGGAUCUCGAUGA